AAAUAAUCGAGUAGAGAUACAAAGGCCCAGCUGGGUUGAUUUUGGUUUAUCUUAUUUUUGUAAACAUUUCUCACGCAUUGGACAAACGAGGAACACAUCACAUUCUAAUCUAAAUCAAGGGACCCUAAUGGAAAACUAUGAAUAAUGCACUUGUGUUAUGAUGAGAUCACAGCACCAACCUAGAGGCCAGACAGUGGACCAAAUAGUUUACUCUGGACUCUUAGUUGUUAUAACAGUGAGGAAAAACUAGAAGUGUGUGACUACUCUUAAUAUUUAUGACAUGAAAAGUAUGUUUUUUGUCUUAUCCCUCUAAAUGACUAGGCCCCUACCCCUUUCUAAAAUUGAUAAAGCCUCCACAUUGUAAUGGUGUUUGACAUAGGUGUUAUGUUUGGCUUAUUGUGAAAAGAAUAUGCAUAGCUGCAUAAGUCAGCAUUCAUGUUUUUGAAGAACAUUUUUAUUUAUGUUUCUUGAUUAUUACUGGAAAUAUUUUCAAAAAAAUUAUUUAGUUAUGGAGCUAAAGAAUAGAAAAAAACGAGAAGCUGAUAUAGAAGUAUUACCAAGUGUUUUAGCAAUCAAGCAAGAACUAUAUGUAGACAACCAGCCAGAAAUUUUGAAUAUAAUUUCAGCUGAAUACAUAAAACAAGAGGAGUUUACAGAAACUGAUGACACAAAAGCAAAUGUAUUGUCAACAUGUGAAAACAAAAAUCAUAAUUUAUUAUCAGAAUUUACAACACAUGUAGACAACAAACCAGAUAGACUUGAUUUAUUUUCAGUUUUUGAAGAUAUAAAACCUGAUGGUUUAAAUGCAGGGCUAAGCCUAUCACUAGAGACAACUCAUACUGACAAUAUUUCUCAUAUAAAGACAGAGUUAUCAACUGAUUCAUCAGAGCUUAAGGAUAUGCUUAUAAGCAACAUUGAAAAUCCAACAUCAAAUCAGGUUGAAUUAUUAAAGAAGUGUAAGAAGCAAAACUUAAAAUCUUCAAAGCAUAAAACUCUUCCAGUUCUAGUAAAAUGGAAAGAAUCACACACAGAUGUGGGGUCAUAUGAGUGUAAUGUGUGUCAUAAAAAGUUUGCUACUAGGACAUAUCUAAAACAACAUAAUAAAGCAAUUCAUUUAGGAGAAAGGUUACAUGAAUGUGGAGUCUGUCAUAAAAAUUUUACUACAAGAGGUAAUCUAAAUCUACACAUAGCUAUUCAUUCAGCAGAAAAGAAACAUGAGUGUGAUUUAUGUCAUAAAAAGUUUACUACAAGAGGUAAUCUAAAUGUACAUAUAGCAAUUCAUUCAGCAGAAAAGAAACAUGAGUGUGAUUUAUGUCAUAAAAAUUUUACUACAAGAGGUAAUCUAAAUGUACAUAUAGCAAUUCAUUCAGCAGAAAAGAAACAUGAGUGUGAUUUAUGUCAUAAAAAAUUUGCUUCAAAAAGUCAUCUAAAUAAACAUAAAGCUAUUCAUUCAGCAGAAAAGAAACAUGAGUGUGAUGUGUGUCAUAAGAAAUUUGUUACAAAGAGUCAUCUAAAUCAACAUAAAGCUACUCAUUCAGCAGAAAAAUCACAUGAGUGUGAUGUGUGCCAUAAAAAGUUUACCACCAAGCCCUACCUAAAUAUACAUAAAAAAAUUCAUUCAGAAGUAAAGCUACAUGAAUGUGAGGUGUGUCUUAAAAGAUUUUCUAGAAAGUCCUACCUAAAGAAACAUGGAGCAUUUCAUUCAGCGGAAAAGUCUCAUGAAUGUGAUGUAUGUCCUAAACAAUUUGCUUCAAAGAAGUAUCUAAAUAAACAUAAAGCAAUUCCUUCACUAAAUAAACAUAAAGCAAUUCAUUCAGCGGAAAAGUCUCAUGAGUGUGAUGUAUGUCAUAAAAAAUUUACAACAAGGGCUUACCUAAAUAUACAUAAAGAUAUUCAUUCAGAGGUAUAUGAAUGUGAUGUGUGCCAUCAAAAAUUUACUACCAUUUUAACUCUAAUUAAACAUAAAUCAAUUCAUUCAGCAGUUACGUCACACGAGUGUGAUGUGUGUCAUAAAAAGUUUUCUACCAAGAGUAACCUCAAUGUACAUAAAAUUAUUCAUUUACCAGAAAAGUUACAAGAGUGUGAUGUAUGUCAUAAAAAAUUUGCAAAAAGGGCUACCCUAAAUCAACAUAAAGCCAUUCAUUCAGCACGAAAGUUAUAUGAUUGUGAUGUGUGCCAUAAUAAAUUUAUUGCCAGUUCUUCUCUAAUUAAACAUAAAGCAAUUCAUUCAGCACAUAAGUCAUGAUUGUGAUGUGUGCCAUAAAAAUUUACCUACAGGGGUAACCUAAAUAAACAUAAGACAAUUCAUUCAGCACAAAAGGUCACAUGAGUGUUAUGUGUGUCAUAGAAAGUUUGCUACAAGGAUUUACUAAAUUACAACAUGAAGCUUUUCAUUAUGAAAAAGCACCAAUUGAGUGUGAUGUACAUCAUCAAGGGUUUUCUUGAAAUAAAAAACUAAAUAGACAUAA